AUGGAAAAGAUCCCAGUCGACUCGGCGACUGGUGCUGUUGAACAGUGGCAGUCAUUCAUGAGCGCUUGGGUCGAACUUACCAAGCUUGCACGUUCCGUAUCAGAUACCAUAUACCCCUCUGCUGCAACCACGCGGAGCCUCUUGCGCACUGGGCGCUACAUUGGGUUGCUGGAGCACUUCCAGCCACUCCUGACAUCUUGGAGGAAGAAGUACCUAGACCCUUGCAAACUCAAAGUCGGAUUGCACGACAUGCUGCAUAUAGAGUAUCAGUACGUGCGGAUAUACACGAACUCGCUCGGCAUGCAAGCCGUUGUAGAGCGCACACUCGCUGAGACCGAUCCGGACGUGCCACAGGAAGACAACUUGUCUUUCAACCUGGAGCCCAGGGAUUAUGAUUUCAUUCAAGAGGUGGUUGACGGAAGCUGCCAGAUCCUGCAGAAGGUCUGCCAACUUUCGGAAACAGGCGCGCUCAGAUACUCACCCGUGCGCAUCUUCCUACGCAUCACCACGUCCUCGAUCUAUCUCAUCAAAGGCUUGAGUCUCGGAUCGCGCAAUCAGAAGCUGCAGUCAUCGCUUGAUAUCUUAGAGGGAGCAAUUAGAGCUCUGCGCGCUAUCUCUUCGAGGCCUCCUCGACUGCCAUCACGCGCCACUUCCACGGAUAUCAACAAGGCUGGCAGCACGACAGGAAUGGACUUCUUGAACAACCACAACGCGGGUCAGUCAAGCUUAUCGUCUCUUGCGGAGAACGUGACUGGCUUAAUGCCUGACGAUGACUGGCUUGCGCUACCCUUCGAUCCAGCGAUGGCGCCCUUUGGACUCGACAAUCAGCAGAGCUUCCAGGGCUUUGAUGACGGCACGUUAGACUUCAUAUGGAAUUUGCCGAUGUAA